CCAACAUGACGUCACCCGGAAGUAAUGUGCGUGCUUUGGCGAGCCGCUUCGUGUUGGACUGGCGGAGUGUAAAGUAAUCCGCAGCUGGUGGAGGGAUUCGUUCGCCGUUAUUGAUAGGUGAUGUGGUAGGUGCUGGCAGGCAGUGCGCGCUGUCUAUCGCGGUGUACACGUGCUAUCUGUAUGUGUAUACAGCAUCCACCGCUUGGCAUCUGUAAUAUUAGCAAUAAUAGAUGGCUCUUUGUAUUUUUGGGGGGUGACUAAUUUGUAAAACUAAGUGCUACUAAGCACUUUUAUUUUUCAUAAGCAUCAGUGUUUUUUUAAGUUUUUUUAAUAUAUCUAUAAAUAUUGUCACUGGGAGCUUGGUAUAAUGUAUUCAUACAACAAGGAAACGUUUGAAUAUUAUUGGCAGAUAUUAGUCAUAACAUUAUUAUUCAAAGUCACCUGAUCUCAACAUGAUCAACACAUGAAAUAAAAACCUCCCAUGACACUCACAAGAUAAAGGAAAACAACUGUUGAUGUCUGAACAAUAUUUGUAUAUGUAUAUAUUUUUUUAUACUCGUAGAAAAUGGACAUUUGCUAAUAGGAGGAACUAGCAAGCAUGUGCAUUGUUGUUGCACUGGUUAGUUUGUAUUUCACACUAAGCAGUAAGUGGUACCGAUUUUAAAAUAAGUAUGACAAUUUUCCUUUCAGGCUAGUUGCAGUGUAAUUUUAGUUUUUCCAUUAUGACUGAAACAAGAUUUAAGCCAAAAUGGGUAAAUUAAAAAUUUAAAGCAACAUUACCAUGUAAAAAACUGAAUUUUAAUAUAACCCUAAAGAAAAUGUAAGCUGUAUACUGUAGAAAUUCCAUGCACAGACACAUAUAAAUAUGGGUAUAUAUAUAUAUGUAUAUAUAUAUGUCACCAACCCCCGCCCCCCAAACAAGUAUUUCAGAAAAAUAGACUCCUUAUGAAAUACAUAUUUUGACUGUAUUGGAUUUAACUAAAAUUCCAACCCAGGCAAGAGCUAUACUGCUAUACUGAGGCAAAGCUAACCCAGUCUAGAAGUAUCAAUACCUCUGACGACUGCAGGGAAUUUGCUCUACCUAUCGAGGAUCCUGAUAUGUUGCGGGUCCUCCAUAGGCCUCAAUGCUGUACAUGUGCAAGAGUACAGCAGUGAUGUCGGCCCCUGGCGCGUAACUGAUGAGGACCAGCCAGAGAAGAUGGGUAGAACUCCUCUUGAUGUCACAGUCAGGGGGUCUUUGCAAAUUAAGCAAAGGGACACUAUAGGCAUCAAAAUACGUUAACUUAAUGAAGCGGUUUGGGUAGAGAUGCACCGAAAUUAAAAUUCUGGUCUGAAACCGAAAAUUCAGGAUGCCCUUGGCCGGAAACCGAAAAUUACUUUUUUUUCCCUAAAUUAUUUUAAAAUAGUUUUUUCUAUAAUUUUAUUAAUAUUAGACAUUUUAAUGAAUCUAAUAUGAAAAACCACAUACCAAUAAAAUACAUAACCACACUUUUAUUGCAAGUAACACACCAAAAUUGGACAGAAAAUUACUUAAAAAUACAAUAUAAAUAAAAAUCUGUUAAAUCUGUUUGUUAUAGAUGACUGAAGAAUAAUAUAUUGUUGAUAUUAAUUCAAUAUCAAUAUACAUUCUUUAUUCAAUUCUAUGUAACAGAAUCAGAUCUAACAGAUUUUCUUGACAAAUUGGACUGCUUUCUAUUUAAAGUGGCAGGUUUCUUUUCAAGAACAAAAGUUGCCCAGCUUUCUCGCAGGAGAGAUGGUAAAUCUUUUCAUCAAGAACAUGAGAUGCUGCACUGAAUAGACUCUCACUCUCUGUGCUGGUGCUUGGGGCAGAUAAAUAUCUGCGUGCAAGCAAUGGAAGGCUAUCUUUGUUCAUGCGCCAGUAGUCAAGGGGAUUGUCGCUCCUGGGUAGUACAGCGAGAUAAAUCUCCAGCUGUUGUGUAGCUGCACUUGUUGUGGCACCGCUGUGCAUCGGUUUGCUGCUUUCCUGUAGAAUCUCGUCAAACAUGUCAGAAAGCGAGUGAGUGUGCGCCUCAUCACUUGUACGCCGUGACCGUUUAUCUGGCAUACAUUGUUCUGUGCUAUGCAUCAAGUCACCUUCACCAGAUGCUUCCAUCACCAACAACUGUGCCUGUAUCAUUUUCCGUGCACACUGCUUUUUUUCCCACUUCGAAGUAAUGUUCUUUAAAUCGAGGAUCUAGUACUGUUGCAAUGCAGUACAGGGGGUUGGACUCCAAUAGAGUGCUUUUAGCUGUGUAUACGCCAUGGUCUGUUUGCACCUCUUUUCCUAGCAGAUGCUUCAGUGCUGCAAUCAAGGAUAUAACUUCAGCAACAGAUGCAUUAGUUGAGAUUAUUUCCUUGGUUAACUGUUUAAAUGAAGCAAGAAGAGACACAAUAUUUUCAAUUAACAUCCAGUGAUGUUCACUGAACGUUGCUGGCAGUUUGUAAUCUGCCAUGUACGCAGCUAAGACUCGCUUUUGUUCAUGUAGUAUAUAUAGUACAUAUAGUACGUGCUGUUCCGGCGAGUGGCUACAUCUUGCUGCAGUCGUUUGGGUGGCAUUCCAAACUGUACUUUCAUAUAUUCCCUAUGAGAAGCCACUGAUUGGACCUCACACGGCAGGCCCUGACGUCAGGAAGAGGGUGUGCUGCACGGCUCCAGGUCGAUUCGCCCGGUGCUAGAUUUAAGGAACACUAUAGUCACCUAAACAACUUUAACUUUAUGAAGCAGUUUUAGUGUAUAGAUCAUGUCUCUCAGGUUUUACUGCUCAAUUCACUUCCAUUUAGGAGUUAAAUCACUUUGUUUCUGAUUACGCAGCCCUUGCCACACCUUCCUAUGAUUGAUACAGCCUGCAUUAAAAAAAACUGGUUUCACUUUCAGUCAGAUCAAUUAACUUUAAACAAUUUUAUCUCUUGCUCUGUAAAUUAAACCUUUAUCACAUACAGGAGACUCUUGCAGAGUCUAGCAAGCUAUCAACAUAGCAGGGGAUAAGAAAAUCUAAAUUAAAUAGAACUUGCAAUAAAGAAAGGAUACACUUUAGAUGACUCUUUAUAGUAAGUGUUUAGGAAGGCUGUGCAAGUCACAUGCAGGGAGGUAUGACUAGGGUUCAUAAACAAAGGGAUUUAACUCCUAAAUGGCAGAGAAUUGAGCAGUGAGGCUGCAGGGGCAUGUUCUAUAUACUACUUUAUUAAGCUAAAGUAGUUUUGGUGACUAUAAUGUCCCUUUAAGGUAAGUAAAAGCAAAUUUGUAUCGUUUAUUUCAAUCGUUGGGGCAUUACACAUUAAAAAGCAUUUUCUUCUAAUUAUAGGGUUGGAGUAACCCUUUAAGUCUUGCCACUACCAUUUCAUGUAGUUAUAGCCUCAAAUAAAUCUGAUUUCCAAAAGAGGGAGUUAUGUCAGCACAGAAAAGCCACCAUAAGCACUUAUUACUUUAGGGAACUCCUUAGGAAUUAAAGCAACUUUGUAUAUUGUACAAAGUUGCUUUAAUUUGCAAGGACUUUCCUGAUAAGUGAUAUGAUAAGUGCUUAUGGUGUGCCUGAACUAUAUGGUGGCUUUUCUGUGCUGAUAUAAAUAUAACUUCCUCUUUUGGAUAAAUCUGAUUUAUUUAAGGCCUGGUAUUGUUUGUGUCAGGUCAGUAAAACAAGUAAACUGUAUAUUUCACAGCAAACAGCCAGAGUGCCAAAAUGUAGUUAUCUCAGUCUAUAGUCUAACUAUAGUUUAACCCCUUAAGGACGGAGCCAAAUGUACACGUUGUGAACGAAACAAAAUGUAAACAAAACCUGGCAUUUGCGCUACAUGUCUGUCCAACCGUAAUUCACCUCUUUCAUAGUAAAUACACCCACCCUUAUUAUAUAUCAUUUUAUUCAGGGGAAACAGGGCUUUCAUUUAAUAUCAAAUAUUUAGCUAUGAAACAUAAUUUAAUAUGAAAUAAAUGGGAGAAAAUACGAUUUAUUUUUAUUUUUUUUUGUUCUACUUGACAUUUUAACUGUCAAUGUCUUAAUACUGUUUGCUUUUACUGCAAUAAAAUACACAUAUUUGUAUUCAGCAAAGUCUCACGUGUAAAACAGUAUCCCCUAUGUACAGGUUUUAUGGCGUUUUGGGAAGUUACAGGGUCAAAUAUAGCACGUUACAUUUGAAAUUGAAAUUCGCCAGAUUGGUUACGUUGCCUUUGGGACUUUAUAGAGCCCAGGAAUGAAAUUUACACCCAUAAUGGCAUACCAUUUGCAAUAGUAGACAACCCAAGGUAUUGCAAAUGGGGUAUGUCCAGUCUUUUUUAGUAGCCAUUUGGUCACAAACACUGGCCAAAGUUAGCGUUAGUAUUUGUGUGAAAAAUGCAAAAAACGCCAAUUUUGGCCAGUGUUUGUGACUAAGUGGUUACUAAAAAAGACUGGACAUACCCCGUUUGCAAUACCUUGGGUUGUCUACUAUUGCAAAUGGUAUGCCAUCAUAGGGGUAAUUUUAAUUCUUGAGCUACCAUAGGGUCUCAAAGGCACCGUAACCAAUCUGGCGAAUUUUAAUGUGAAAAAAAUGACACGCAAGCCUUAUAUUUGACGCUGUAACUUUUGAAAACACCACAAAACCUGUACAUUUGUACUCUGGAGACUUCGCUGAACACAAAUAUUUGUGUUUCAUAACAGCAAAAAGUAUCACAGCAAUAAUAUCGUUCGUGUAAGUGCUGUUUGUGCAUGAAAAAUGCAAAAAAAACAGUUUUGAAACACUAAUAUUUGUGUUCAGCGAAGUCUCCCGAGUAGAACAGUACCCCCCAUGUACAGGUUUUAUGGUGUCUUGGAAAGUUAUAGGGUCAAAUAUAGUGCUAGCAAAUUAAAUUCCCUUUACUUUCGGCAUGGGUUGUCAGGCAGGUCCCGCUAAUUGUAAUUAAUUAAGAUACCUAAUUAUGUAAAAAUAUUACUUAAAUAUAUAUGUAGAAUUAAUAUGUGUGUGUGUAUGUAUGUAUGUAUAUAUAUAUAUAUAUAUAUAUAUAUAUAUAUAUAUAUAUAUAUAUAUAUAUAUAUAUAUAUACUAUGUGAUAUAUAUAUAUAUAUAAUUUUAAAAAAAUAUUUUUAUUUAUAUAUAGGUAUAUAUAUAGUGAUAUAUAUACGUAUAUAUUUAUGUAUGUAGAUAUAUAUAUAUAUAUAUAUAUAUAUAUAUAUAUUAUUUCGUUCUAUGUGUAUUUUGAUAUAAAUAUAUAUUAAUAUCACAAUACAGUUAGAACGAAAUAACACACAUCUAUAUAUUUAUUAAUAAAUAUUUUUUAAUUAUUUUUUUAAUUUUAUUUUUUAACGUAUUUACAUAUUAAUUUUUUUAUAUUAUAUAUAAAUAUAUAUAUAACAAUAAUUAUAUAUAUAUAUUUAAUCAGCAUCAGUCUACGUGUAAUUUGAUAUAUAGUAAAAUACACCUAGACAGUGUAUGUAUAUGUGUGUGUGUGUAUAUAUAUAUAUAUAUAUAUAUAUAUAUAUAUAUAUAUAUAUAUAUAUAUAUAUAUAUAUACUUAGAUCAUAUAUAUAUAAUCUAAGUAUAUAUUUUAUUUUUUUUUACACUUAAUUAAUUUAUUUUAUUUUUAUUUUCAGCCAGCAGAGGGAUCACCUGUCAUUACAGGCAGCCCCCCUGCUGGCAAUGCAGCAGGCAGCCUACCCGGCCAUGUGAUUGUGGGGUCCUCGCAAGGACCUCACUCUCACCUGGCCGGGGGGCUUCCAGGGGGUCGGACGUGCCACGGGGGGCUCCCUGGGAGUCCCCCCCCACUGCGUUCGCCGGCGUGGGACCGCCGGCGACCGGGUAAGUAAAGAAAGACCGGAGGGCGUACAAUUACGCCCGGCGGCGUUUAGAGACGCCUAAAAUAGGGCGUAAUUGUACGCCCUCCGGUCUUAAGGGGUUAAUAAUGAUUUAUUAUACUGUAGAAAAUGUGAUCACAUGAUGACUUACGUAAUUGCAGCAGCAGGAGUCAAACGCUCUUUUUUAAGCCCAGCACAGCUAUCUGCAAUACAGUCCUCCGGCCAGCAGGAGGAGUUCAGCAGUGAUGAGUUGCCUGUCAUCCAGCUAACAGCUCCACAUACACACUGGGCAGGCUGGUUCAGAUGACUGUCCUGUGCAUAGAACCACAAACAGAAAUGGGAUACGGCUGUACAAUCUAUAGAGGGAACAUAUAAAGGAAAAAAAACACACAAUAGUGUAAUACAUUAAAUACAGUGUAUAGUGCGCUUCAAUGGAUGCACUCACAAGAUGAUGAAAGUAGAAGAGCAUUCAUGAGGUGCCUCCCCAGAUAACAUAGGGGGCUAGUGGUUCCCCUUUCCGGUGUAAAACGACCAAUGGAACACGGGACUCCAGGUAAGUAGUAGUAAAAAAGCAAUUAUUUUAUUUUCUUAAAAGGUGGACAAACACCAUAAGAAUAAAGGUUAAAAAGUGCAGCAAUAGGUCCAACGCGUUUUGUUCACAACUAGAACUUCAUCAGGGACCGCACAGUAAAAAAUCACAGACAAUAUCAUAGAUUGUAAAAUAACAUCCUACUUUCCCCUUAACAGAAUCUCUAUAAAUAGGGCUAGUCCCAAAGUCCCAUUGGUCCAUGGUGUGGGAGUGUCCAAUAGCCAGCCAUUCAUUUGUCCAGGGGUAUUAUCCUCCAGCUGAUGGUGUUUAGAUAGUUUAGUUUAAAUUGGGCGCGUUCAAUGGGAAAGCCGAAACCGGAAGUGGACGUCUGCCUUCACUUCCGCGUUCCAUUUGCGUUCCACAUGCGUUCCAGACAUGUUCCAAAUGCGUUCCAAGUACAUUCACUGCUCUUUCUUAACUAAAACAGCGAGGAGCCAUCAAUAUAACUAGUCAUCAAAACGGAAAAAGCCCAAAAGUGUUAACAGUAUCAUACACCAUUAAAUAGUGCCAUAUAUGUCUAUUUAAAGUGGCAGACAUCUCCUUAUUCAAUAUAAAAUAAAACACAAAUAAUAUAUUCCUAAAAAAGUUCCCUCAAUAUAAAUAAUUAUUAUUUUAAACCAUAUAACCUACUUAGUACUCAUAACUGUAUAAUAUAGAGAUUUUUUUUUUUCUCGUUUUUUUUUAUUUUUUUUUUAUAUAUAGAUUAUGAAUUGUAUUGAUUAUAGACACUUCUUUUUCCAUAUAUUCAUACUGCCAGAACUACUCAUAUUCCCAAAGAUACAUAUGGAAUAAUUUACAUAGACAGGGAAAAAACCAAAAAAUCAGUCCAAGAAACACACCAGAUCAAUCCCAAUAUUUAGACCCCUAGGUUCAAGGGUUUUUAAUUUAUGUAUCCAAAAGGUUUCCCCCCAGUUAUGCCAACACCUAUAUGCGUAGAUGGGAGGAAUUAUUUGUGUGGUCGCGGCAUGACUGGAGGGAGAGCCUGGUGCUCUGGCGGCGUUAUAUCGAUGAUGUGAUCAUCAUUUGGAAGGGGUCCUCCAAUAGUUUUUUUGAUUAUGUCCAAUAUUUAAAUUCUAAUUUAUAUAAUCUUGUUUUCACCCCGGAGUGGAACAAACACGAGAUCCAUUUUUUGGAUCUUGAUAUUUUUUGUGAUCGGGGUCAAAUUCAAACUAAAUGCUUUUUUAAACCAACAGAUGGUAAUGGCUUUGUACACCAACAAAGCUGUCACCAUAAACCUUGGCUCAGGGGUAUAGCACGAAGCCAAUUUACCAGAUUGAGACGUAAUUGUUCUCGCCCUCAAGAUUUCCAGAUCCAAUCCUCCCAUAUAAAAAAUAAAUUAUGUGCAAGGGGCUAUAAUAAGAAUACGCUAGAAAAAGAAAUUCGAUCAAUUGGUCUUCUUGAACGGAGCAAACUUUUGGAGGACAAACCUCCCAAUAUUGUUGGGAAUAUGAAUUUUAAAUCAGCCUUUGUCACCCAAUAUAAUACGGAUCAUUUUAAGAUUAAAAGGAGCCUAAGUGAUUUUUGGCCCAUUUUACAACAAGAUCCCAUUUUGGGUAAUUCUUUGUCUGAACGUCCGAUGGUGAUAUUUAAGAAAAAUAAGAAUUUUAAAAAUAUGUUAGCCCCUAGCUAUGCCAUUAAAAUAAAUAGAUCUAACGUAUCCCCCGAAUCGGGUUGUUUUAGGGGAUGUAAUGUUUGCAAAGCCUGCACUACUGCCCUUAUGGGGAGAACUAAGGAAUUUAUUAGUCAUAUCACGGGAGAAACCUUUAGGAUUAAAUCAUUAAUAGGUUGCCACAUGGACUAUGUAGUAUAUUUACUGCAGUGUCCGUGUGGCAAACAGUAUGUGGGACGCACGAAGCGUAUCUUGAAGGUCAGAAUCUUGGAACAUUUAAAUAAUAUACGUAAGGGACUGGUUACUCAUUCAGUCUCUGCUCAUUGCAGUAAUUGUCCUUCUUUCUCUUUUAGAGAAUUUAAGUGUAUGGGUAUCGAACAUGUCCUUCCCUAUUGGCGGGGAGGCGAUAGGGUCAAAAAGUUAUCCCAAAGGGAAACCUUUUGGAUACAUAAAUUAAAGACCCUUGAGCCUAGGGGUCUAAAUAUUGGGAUUGAUCUGGUGUGUUUCUUGGACUGAUUUUUUGGUUUUUUCCCUGUCUAUGUAAAUUAUUCCAUAUGUAUCUUUGGGAAUAUGAGUAGUUCUGGCAGUAUGAAUAUAUGGAAAAAGAAGUGUCUAUAAUCAAUACAAUUCAUAAUCUAUACAUAAAAAAAAUAAAAAAAAACGAGAAAAAAAAAAUCUCUAUAUUAUACAGUUAUGUGUACUAAGUAGGUUAUAUGGUUUAAAAUAAUAAUUAUUUAUAUUGAGGGAACUUUUUUAGGAAUAUAUUAUUUGUGUUUUAUUUUGUAUUGAAUAAGGAGAUGUCUGCCACUUUAAAUAGACAUAUAUGGCACUAUUUAAUGGUGUAUGAUACUGUUACAUAUACAAUAUAUGGGGAAGUUCCAUAUGAACCACCUGAAUAUGGCUGUUGUAUAUCUUAUACACUAAUUCAUUUUUUUUCUUUUAGAGAUUAAUUAUAUUCAGUUUAUUUAACACUUUUGGGCUUUUUCCGUUUUGAUGACUAGUUAUAUUGAUGGCUCCUCGCUGUUUUAGUUAAGAAAGAGCAGUGAAUGUACUUGGAACGCAUUUGGAACAUGUCUGGAACGCAUGUGGAACGCAAAUGGAACGCGGAAGUGAAGGCAGACGUCCACUUCCGGUUUCGGCUUUCCCAUUGAACGCGCCCAAUUUAAACUAAACUAUCUAAACACCAUCAGCUGGAGGAUAAUACCCCUGGACAAAUGAAUGGCUGGCUAUUGGACACUCCCACACCAUGGACCAAUGGGACUUUGGGACUAGCCCUAUUUAUAGAGAUUCUGUUAAGGGGAAAGUAGGAUGUUAUUUUACAAUCUAUGAUAUUGUCUGUGAUUUUUUACUGUGCGGUCCCUGAUGAAGUUCUAGUUGUGAACAAAACGCGUUGGACCUAUUGCUGCACUUUUUAACCUUUAUUCUUAUGGUGUUUGUCCACCUUUUAAGAAAAUAAAAUAAUUGCUUUUUUACUACUACUUACCUGGAGUCCCGUGUUCCAUUGGUCGUUUUACACCGGAAAGGGGAACCACUAGCCCCCUAUGUUAUCUGGGGAGGCACCUCAUGAAUGCUCUUCUACUUUCAUUAUCUUGUGAGUGCAUCCAUUGAAGCGCACUAUUCACUGUAUUUAUUGUAUUACACUAUUGUGUGUUUUUUUUCCUUUAUAUGUUCCCUCUAUAGAUUGUACAGCCGUAUCCCAUUUCUGUUUGUGGUUCUAUGCAUAUGUAAAGAUCGUUUGUUGUGGAUAACGAUUCUGGGAGGCUGCAGAUUGAUUGAAGCUAAGUAAUUUAUUUGAUUAGAGCACUGAGUUGAAGGUGUUUGUUUGUUUGUUUUUGACUGUCCUGUGCAGCCUGCAGGAAUUGUGUGUGGCUGGAGCAAUGCUGCAAAAAUGUCCCAGGAAUGUAAAUAUUUAGGGCUGCGAUAUCGCAGGGGGGAUUUUAGGUCUGGUUGCCCCUCUUUUGCCUGCAAAUUAGAAUAUUUAUGUGUGGGUGUAUAGAUCAUGCCGCUGCAGUCUUACUGUUAAAUUCUCUGCCAUGUAGGAGUUAAAUCUGUUUUAUUUCUGUUCAUGCAACCAUAGCCAUACCUCCCCUGGCUGUGACUCACACAUAGCCUAUAUGAAAACAAUUUAAUACAAUUUAAGCCGAUGUUAAUUUGCCUUAGAAGUUUUUACCUAAUUCUCUGUAAAUGUAACUUUAAUCACACACAGGAGCAGUGGCGUACACAUGACCCAUGGGGCCCCGGUGCAAAAAUUGAUCCGUGGGCCCCCCCCCGCGCGCGGGCCGCGCCGCAACACUUGGCGGGCACCUGGUCGCAGGGGUUACAGGGCUGCGACCCCUGCGACCGCGGUAUGUACGCCAGUGCAUGCAGAUGCACACACUUAAAGGACCACUCUAGGCACCCAGACCACUUCAGCUUAAUGAAGUGGUCUGGGUGCCAGGUCCAGCUAGGGUAAACCCAUUUUUUCAUAAACAUAGCAGUUUCAGAGAAACUGCUAUGUUUAUGAAUGGGUUAAGCCUUCCCCUAUUUCCUCUAGCGGCUUUCUCAUUGACAGCCGCUAGAGGCGCUUGCGUGCUUCUCACUGUGAUUUUCACGGUGAGAGCACGCCAGCGUCCAUAGGAAAGCAUUAUGAAUGCUUUCCUAUGUGACCGGCUGAAUGCGCGCGCAGCUCUUGCCGCGCGUGUGCAUACAGCCGACGGGGAGGAGAAGGGAGGAGAGCUUUUCCCCUUUCCAGAGCUGGGCGGGAGGGGCCCCUGAGGGGGGGGCACCCUCAGGGCACUAUAGUGCCAGGAAAACGAGUAUGUUUUCCUGGCACUAUAGUGGUCCUUUAAAGGACCACUACAGACACCCAGAUCACAUCAGCUCAAUGAAGUUGUCUGGGUGUCAGGUCCCUCUAGUUUUAACCCUGCAGCUGAAAACAUAGCAGUUUCAGAGAAACUGCUAUGUUUCACUGAGGGUUAAUCCAGCCUCUAGUGGCUGUCUCACUGACAGCCGCUAGAGGAGCACACUGAACGUCCAUAGGAAAGCAUUGAGUAAUGCUUUCCUAUGGGCGGUUUGAAUGCGUGCGCGGUCGCAUUCGGAGCUGAGAGGCUGAGGGAUCCCCAGCGCCAAGGGAGUCCGGCGCUGGAGAAAGGUAAGUGCUGAAGACACACACACACACACACUUACAGACGCAUACACACUAGCUAACAGACACACACAUUUACUGACAGAGACACAGUCAGCGACAGACAUACAUACACACUCACUUACAAAACAUACUCUCAUUGACAAACACACACUCACUAACAGACAUCAAACAGACUCACUAACACACACACUCAGUAAGACACACACAGUAACACACUCACUGACACUCACUAGCACACACACACUCACACUCACUCUAACACUCACACUAACACUCACUAGCAGACACACACACUAACACUCACUCUAACACUCACACACACUAACACUCACUAGCAGACACACUAACACUCACACUAACACUCACACUAACACUCACUAGCAGACACACACACUAACACUCACUAGCAGACACUCACUCUAACACUCACACACACUAACACUCACACUAACACUCACUAGCAUACACACACACUAACACUCACUCUAACACUCACACACACUCAAACACUAACACUAGUUUUUUUUUUUUUUUUUAAUUUAACCCCCCCCAGCCUCCUUACCUCUUGGAGUGCUGGGGGGAUUCCCUGGGGUCCAGUGGUGCUGCUGGGCUCCUGGGCCGGCUGUCUGGCUGGUCGGGCAGGCGGGCGCGCGAGGGAGCACUUAGUGCUUCCUCUUCAGCUCCCUCGCGCGCCGCGCAGGGAUGCCGGCGCCGGAAGAUGACGUCAUCUUCCGGCUCCGGUAUCAGUGCGGUGCGCGAGGGAGCUGAAGAGGAAGCACUGAGUGCUCCCUCGCGCGCCCGCCUGCCCGACCGGCCACCCGCCUUCCGGGUGUCAGCAGGGCCAGCCUCGGGGGGGCCUGAGGUGGUCGGCUCCUGGGCCCCCCAGGGGAAGAGGCUGGCAAUGUGGCUACAUACCGGGUCGCAGGGGCGGCCGGGCCCCCUGGUGGGCCGGGCCCGGUCGCAGCCGCGACCCCUGCGACCCUGGUAUGUACGCCACUGCACAGGAGGUACCUGCAGGGCCAAGAAGGCUAUUAAGAGCAGGAAAUAAGAAAUUCUAAACUAAACAGAAUGUGCAAUAAAAUAAGUUUCAACAUAAGAUGCUACAGAUAAAUUAGGACAGCAGUGCAAGUCACAUGCAGGGAGAUGUGACUAGGACUGCAUAAACAAAGUGAUUUAACACCUAAAUAACUGAGAAUUGAGCGAUGCGUGGCAUGAUCUAUACACCAAAACUAAUUAAGCUAAAGUUGUUUUGGUGCCCAUGGUGUCCCUUUAAAGCCACACUGACACAUAAAGAUUUUGUAUAACAGAGCACCUCUUGUUAGACCCUUAAACCAUUUAAAAUGUGCAUUUCGUUUUCAGAGUGCUGCAUUAGAUAAGAUGAACGAAAACAAAGUCUUGUCAGCAGAUGCAUCAACUACACAGAAUGAGGCAGCUGUCAAACCUCUGCCAUUUAAACAACCAAAUUUCCUAGUAAGUAUUUUUUAACAUGUGUAUGAGCUUAAACAUUAUAAAAAGGCCAGGGUUUGUAUGUUAAACUUUCUAUUACUCCAUCUGGUAUAUGUUGCUUUACAGAUUAAGUAGAACAACAUAUUCUUCAAAACACAACAUUUAGUUGCAUAUUGUAAAAUAUGAUGACAUCUCUUUCAAAGAGACACUUUGAUCACCCAAUGUCUACAGCACUUGCGUACUUACCGCGGUUGCAGCUGCGACCGCGUCCGGCCCACCGGGGGGCCUAGUGGCCCUGCGACCGGGUAUGUAUGCCAGUUUUCCAGCCUCUUCUCCUGGGGGGCCCAGGAGCUGGCCAUCUAAGGGCCCCCUGAGGCUGGCAGUGCUGUCAGUGGGCCGGCGUGCGAGGGAGCAUUCUCCACUGAGCGCUCUCUGCCCAGCUCCCUGGCGCACAUCGCACUGAUACCGUAGCCGGAAUAUGACGUAACUCCAGCAUCAGUAAGCACCGCGCGAGGGAGCUUGGCAGAGAGCGCUCAUGGGAGAAUGCUCCUUCGCCGCCUGCAGGACCGGCCGCUGGGCAGCCCCACUGGACCCCAGGGAAUCCCUUCAGCACUUCCAAAGGUAGGGAGGCUGGGGGAUUAAAUAAUAAAUACAAAAAAAUAUGAGUGUGUGUGUGUAUAUGUGUGUUAGUUGUGAGUGUCUGCUAGUGUGUCAGUGAGUUUUUUUUUGUUUUUGUGUAUGUCUCUUAAGUGUCUGUCUGCUAGUGAGGGUCAGUGUGUGUGUGUUAGUGCGUGUGUCAUUGAAUGUGUUACUGCGUGUUAGUUUGUGUGUCUGUUAGUGAGUCUGUUUGGUGACUGUUAGUGAGUGUGUGUUUGUCAGUGAGAUUGUAUGUUUGUAAGUGAGUGUGUAUGUAUGUCUGUCACUGAGUGUGUGUCUGUCAGUAAAUGUGUGUGUCUGUUAGCUAGUAUGUAUGCGUCUGUUCGUGAGAGUGUGUGUGGUUAAAACCCUUUCAGCACUUACCUUUCUCCAACGCUCCCUUGGCGCUGGGGAUCUCUCCGUCCUGAUCCGCCUCUCAGCUCCGCAUGCGUGGCAAGAGCCGCGUGCGCAUUCAAACCGCCCAUAGGAAAGCAUUACUCAAUGCUUUCCUAUGGAUGUCCAGCGUCUUCUCACAGUGUUUUUCACAGUGAGAAUCGCGGAAGCGCCUCUAGUGGCUGUCAGCGAGACAGCUACUAGAGGCUGGAUUAACCCUCAGUGAAACAUAGCAGUUUCUUUGAAACUUCUAUGUUUUCAGCUGCAGGGUUAAAACUAGAGGGACCAGGCACCCAGACCACUUCAUUGAGCCUAUAUACUUCAAGUGCCUAUAGUGGUCUUUUAAGUGUAUGUAUCUGCAUGCAGUGGCGUACAUACAGUGGUCGCAGGGGUCGCAGCCCUGCAAUCUCUGUGACAAGGUGCCAGCCGCCAUGUGUUGUGGCCCCGGCCCGCGCAGAGAAACGCAGGGGUGGGAGACCAUGAAUCAAUUUUCGCACCGGGGCGCCAUGGAUCAUGUGUAUGCCACUGGUCCACAGUAGUGGUAAUGGUGCUACAGGUCUCCUGGAAAUCUGUUAAUGGUCAAACUGUUUUGUUGUUUUGUUUUUUAUAUACGUAUUUUGACACUUACCUGGAUCCCCCGGGCUUUUGUAGUCUGGCACCUCUUCAUACGUUAGUAAAGCAGAUGAUCUUCUUUUACAUUGGAUAUUUAAGUUUUGUCCAACUUUGUAUGGAGAUCAGUGGCUGAGAAGUGUCAGAGAAAAACUGAUAUAUAUUAUACAAAAAAAUAACUUUGAGAGGGGGACUUACUACAGAUGCCUGGGAAAUCCAGGUAAGUAUUAAACUGUGGGUUUUAAACAUCAAACUAUGGAGGUCCUUGCAGGGUCCUUCAUAGACCUCAGUGCUGAACUCUCAUGGCUCUUCCCACUAGAAGCUGAAGAGGACAACAGGAUAGAGAUAGUGACCAGCACCGUGGAUAGCCGAUGUUAAGUAAAACUUACUUUUCCCUGCAUCUCUUCCCCAACAGACUGACACUGGCUUUGGCACUUUCAGUGAUUUUUGUGAAAUAUACAGACGCCUGAAAGUCCCAGCUUUAAGCACUUCAGCAUGUUGACGUGUUUUAGGGUUUCUUUAGUGUCACUUUAGCUAAAGGUUUAUAAAAAAACAGAAAAUUAACUUACAACCCGAGUCUCAAACUCAGAUUCCCAAGAAGUCUGUGACUAAACUGUCUUUUCCCAUGUAGGCCACAGAUACAUCUUAACACCAACACACAUUUCCAUAUUUACAGACACAAAUUCACACACAUAUCUCUACUCACAGAUACAUGUUGCCAUAUCCACACUGUCUUGUAACCAUACAAUUGCAGCAUAAACCUCGAACUUGCGGCAAUAAACCUGUACACACUGCUUUAGUCCUCUCACCUACAACCUUGCAUUGCACUAUAUCUAUACCCGAUCUUGAUGAAUUAUACUACACACAGAGUGUUCACACUAUCAUGGAGUACUCAGUUUAGUACACAAGCAUAGUCACUGUUUCCCACCGAAAGAGUGGGAAUGCAAAUGUAGUCUGCCUCUCCAUGUCUUUAUACCAUUCUUCUGACAGGACGAUCUACUCAAUAUCUGGUGCACAGUAUAGUGGUAGAGAGUGGGAAGAUGUUUAAUCGUGUUCCCACCCUUUCACACAGAUACAAAUACAGAUGUGUACUAGAACUAGUACUGUGAAGAGCCCUUUCAGAAGAAAAAAAAACAUACUCUCUCAGGACUCAAGAUGUAAUUGAGUUGCUAUACAUUAAAGGGCCAUUAUAGUCACCUGAACAACUUCAGCUUAAUGAGAUUCUCAUUCUAAGAAAAGUGUUUACAUUGAAAGCUAGGAACACCUCCAGUUGCAGUCACUCAGAGUGAACCAGAGGGACUUCGGAGUUGAUCCGCUCAGAUCUGCUGUCAGCAGAGCACAGGGCAGCACUGUGCACAGCAUCCUGUGAUUCAGUAUUCAGUUUUUACUAUAUUUAUGGAGCCAUGAGGGGCCCAUGGGGUCUAGAUGGUAGUGUUAACACUAUAGGGUCAGGAAUACAUGUUUGUGUUCCCGACCCUACAGGGAGUGCAGAAUUAUUAGGCAAGUUGUAUUUUUGAGGAUUAAUUUUAUUAUUGAACAACAACCAUGUUCUCAAUGAACCCAAAAAACUCAUUAAUAUCAAAGCUGAAUAUUUUUGGAAGUAGUUUUUAGUUUGUUUUUAGUUAUAGCUAUGUUAGGGGAUAUCUGUGUGUGCAGGUGACUAUUACUGUGCAUAAUUAUUAGGCAACUUAACAAAAAACAAAUAUAUACCCAUUUCAAUUAUUUAUUAUUACCAGUGAAACCAAUAUAACAUCUCAACAUUCACAAAUAUACAUUUCUGACAUUCAAAACAAAACAAAAACAAAUCAGUGACCAAUAUAGCCACCUUUCUUUGCAAGGACACUCAAAAGCCUGCCAUCCAUGGAUUCUGUCAGUGUUUUGAUCUGUUCACCAUCAACAUUGCGUGCAGCAGCAACCACAGCCUCCCAGACACUGUUCAGAGAGGUGUACUGUUUUCCCUCCUUGUAAAUCUCACAUUUGAUGAUGGACCACAGGUUCUCAAUGGGGUUCAGAUCAGGUGAACAAGGAGGCCAUGUCAUUAGAUUUUCUUCUUUUAUACCCUUUCUUGCCAGCCACGCUGUGGAGUACUUGGACGCGUGUGAUGGAGCAUUGUCCUGCAUGAAAAUCAUGUUUUUCUUGAAGGAUGCAGACUUCUUCCUGUACCACUGCUUGAAGAAGGUGUCUUCCAGGAACUGGCAGUAGGACUGGGAGUUGAGCUUGACUCCAUCCUCAACCCGAAAAGGCCCCACAAGCUCAUCUUUGAUGAUACCAGCCCAAACCAGUACUCCACCUCCACCUUGCUGGCGUCUGAGUCGGACUGGAGCUCUCUGCCCUUUACCAAUCCAGCCACGGGCCCAUCCAUCUGGCCCAUCAAGACUCACUCUCAUUUCAUCAGUCCAUAAAACCUUAGAAAAAUCAGUCUUGAGAUAUUUCUGGCCCAGUCUUGACGUUUCAGCUUGUGUGUCUUGUUCAGUGGUGGUCGUCUUUCAGCCUUUCUUACCUUGGCCAUGUCUCUGAGUAUUGCACACCUUGUGCUUUUGGGCACUCCAGUGAUGUUGCAGCUCUGAAAUAUGGCCAAACUGGUGGCAAAUGGCAUCGUGGCAGCUGCACGCUUGACUUUUCUCAGUUCAUGGGCAGUUAUUUUGCGCCUUGGUUUUUCCACACGCUUCUUGCGACCCUGUUGACUAUUUUGAAUGAAACGCUUGAUUGUUCGAUGAUCAUGCUUCAGAAGCUUUGCAAUUUUAAGAGUGCUGCAUCCCUCUGCAAGAUAUCUCACUAUUUUUGACUUUUCUGAGCCUGUCAAGUCCUUCUUUUGACCCAUUUUGCCAAAGGAAAGGAAGUUGCCUAAUAAUUAUGCACACCUGAUAUAGGGUGUUGAUGUCAUUAGACCACACCCCUUCUCAUUACAGAGAUGCACAUCACCUAAUAUGCUUAAUUGGUAGUAGGCUUUCGAGCCUAUACAGCUUGGAGUAAGACAACAUGCAUAAAGAGGAUGAUGUGGUCAAAAUACUCAUUUGCCUAAUAAUUCUGCACUCCCUGUAUAGUGAUCCUUUAAAGGUAAACUUGCCAGUAGCUAAAAUAUCAACGGAACUAUUGAGUCAGACAACUGGCAACACACCAGUGAGCUGCAAACAAAGUAGUUAGGGGGCCAGAAAUGGCCCACAGGUCAGAGUUUAAGUGACUUUUUUUUUUUUGAAAUGUGUAUAUUUAUUUAAAGUGAGGUCUGCAUUUAUGUUAUAAAUGUCAAAUGUUCCCUUUGAAAACACAUUGUUGCAACACAUCAAAUUGUGCUGUAAUUUGUUAAGCCACAAAAGGAGUUAUCAUUUUUAAUAUGCAUUUAUAGUAUAUUGGUCUUACUGAUAUCUUGGCAUGCCUGUCUCUAAAAUGAACAAUAUCAACAUUAAAUCCAUUCCAGUGCAGAGCAUUAAACAUUAUUGACUUAGUAAAACUUCUUUUUAUUUUCAGCAUUCAGGGAUUGGAGGAGCAGCAGCUGGCAAGAAGAACAGGACAUGGAAGAACCUGAAACAAAUUCUCGCUUUAGAAAGGGCAUUGCCAUGGCAACUAAAUGAGCCAAACUGUAAGCUGCUUAGUUGAUUUGCAUGCACUUAUAAACAAACAAAUCCACAGAUAUCAUUCUAUUAAGCAAUACAAACAUGCAUGGCGCUCUGCACUCGUACACUUGUUAAUGUAGCUGCUUAUUAACGUAAUGUUUUAGUUUCAAUGUCCAAUGUAAGCCAGAACAUUAUUUAUUUAUUUGUUUUUGAAAAAUACACGAGUGAUUAUUAAUCUGCAUUAAAGUAUAAGAAACUUAGUGCAAAUUAUAUACAUUAUUGUUAUCAACAUAAAAUAACUAUUGGGUUAAUUGGAAGCACAGGCAUCGUUAUAGGAAGCUGACGGGAGGGAGGGGGGAGGAACUCAAGCUCUGAAUGUGGGGCCCUAUAGACUAGAAUAUUUUGGUCUAGUAAUCUCGGAUGGAAUGCCAAGCAAUAGCUUACCCUGAAACAUUCCAUUCAGUGUGAUGAAAAUGAAAUCAGGGGUGGGAAUGUGAUGUGACAUCACAUCCACAUUGUUUAUUUACACAGAAAGAGAGGUUGACAGUAGAUAGGAAAUUUGUUCGCUGAAAGGUAAGUAUAGUUACUCAUACACUAAGCUUUACAGUUAGGGGCUUCAUUGCAGCAUUGGAAAUCAGGACACUUAGGGUUAAGGUGAGGUUUCAACCAAAACAAGAAUAGCAAAUACAGUAUAGAAGUGUGUUGGUGGUGAGAAAUGGGGGGAAUAAGGAGGUGAGGGGGAGGGGGAGAAGUAUGAGUUAAAUUAUGACAGGUGAUCGUAAAGGAACCUUUAAAGGGCCACUCAACACCCCAAAAGCGCUUUAUGGAUGAGGAGUAUCUUAGUGUCGCCCAGUUUAUAUGAGAAAUCUUAACUUUUAUAAAUUAAGUAGGGUACACCCCCCUGGCAAUCAAACAGCCAGUGAGCUUUGUAGCUUCCUUCCUUUAGCUUCGCUAAGCUAACGGAAGUAGCUGGCACACUCUACUUGAGCGUGCCUGCCUCUUCCCACAGAGACCUCAGAUCAGCUCUUCUAGGCCUCAGAGCAAUUGUGCACACAUGCACGAGCCGACACGCGCACACAAUGCGGUGCACUAGCAUGCAUGAUCCGGCGAGCAUGUGGUCACCAAUUCAGAGGCUUCUCAAUGAAAAACCUCUGAUUGGUUAUUUCCCAGUGAAGAGACUGAAAGUUUUUUCCAUGAAAAUGUGGAGGGCUUGCUAAGGCUGCAGUUCAUAAGAUUUGUAGCCCUUGCAAGCUCUUCUAAGAUCUACCCCCAAUGAAUGCAUGCAUGUAAAAAAUCAUACAUUUAUACUAAACAUUGAUUUUUUUAUUUUUUUUUGCCCAUUUGGGCAGUGGAGUAUUUAUAUAAGUUUUACUGGAGAUGCGUAGGAGGUUAAAGUUUGAUGUUUGACAUUUUUGAUGUGAUCCUACUACUAGACAACCAACCUUUUUAUGUAUAUGUAUGCAUGCAUGUGUAUUCCUGCCUAUCUUUGUAACUGCUAGUGUAUCACGUGACAUGUUAAAGGGUUGAGUUUGGGAAGGUUCCUUUAAGAAGGGAUCAACAAAUAAUUUUUUGGCUCCAGUCUCUAGGUGUUUUUUCACCCUAGCAAUGCCCUUUGAUGGGUUUUGUUUUGUUUUUAUUCUCUGUAAAAAUAAAUACAUUUCUCGGUUCAAACCACUCUAGUUUUGCUUCCUCUUCCAGGUUCAUCUCUCACUCUUCAUGUAUCCAGUGCAAGAAUGACAUAGAUCCAAUUUGGUUUAUCCUGCCUAUCAUUAACUAUAUAAUUGGAUAUUACAAAUAAUUUUUUUAAUAUAUUUUGAACAUUAAAAAAGUGCUUAUAUAAGUAAGUGAUAUCCGUUUCUGGUGUUGCAUUCUUUAACAAUUAUGCAUGUUCCUUUAACAUCCUUAUGUUUAAAACAGCAGUUCAGUAACAGUUUGUCAAAGAAGAUCAACUUUAUACAUGUUUUGCUGAUCAAUGAUAACAUUUCCUUAUUUUUGUAUUUUUAACUUCUCAAUAUAAGUUACUACUUAAAAACAGUUACAUUUGUUAAACAAACCUUUCACUCAGUGAAGAAGAAAUACUUAUUUUCAAAGUUUACAUUAUAUGCAGAAUUUGAUCUUUUUGGAAUAUUUUUUUCAUGUUCAUGGCUACAUUCAAACUAAUACCUACGUAAAUUGAUGCAAUUCCAGAUUUCAGUAUUGAUGCCCCUCCUUCCUGUAAACCUGCAAAGAAGUACUCUGAUAUUUCAGGACUCCCAGUAAGUACCUGGUUUCUUUGAAUAUCUAUGUACAAAAUGCUGCACUGUCCUCAUUUGAAUUAUAAAGAAAUUGGAAACACAAUCUACAAGAAGACGCAAUUCCCAGCAAUCUUCUGAAAUGUUGCAUUACAGGGGAGUGUUAUUGGGACACCUUAUUGAAGUGAAUUGAGGGUAUUUUUCCAUGUAGGAUCUCCUCUUUUGUGGGGCAUACUCCUUUAUACAACCUGAGCAUAUGGAGACAAAAUAACUGAUCAUUUACACUGAUGUAGGAUUUUGUUACGUUGUGUAUUUAUUAUACAGUUACAACAUUACAGUAGAUUGGUGUAUCUGUUACCUGCAGGGAAAUACCAUGUUAUAUGGUUUAUGUUCCGAAGUUCUUUAUUUAGCUGUAUGCUAUCAAUUUAGUUGAUUGAUGGUGUUUGUUAUUGUUAUUCUCGUUUGGAUUAUUCCAUUAUUUGCCAAUUACUGCAAUGCUAAAACCUUCAAAUCGUUGUUCUUUCUACACAACUCAAUUUAUUCAUUUAAAUAACUUUUAUUGUGCGUUUUCAAAGAAAAGACAGAGUACAAAAAGGAAAAAGUGAUUUGUUAGACAGUUUGCGUUCAAUGUAUUAAAGACAAAAUGGGGGGGGAGAGGGGAAGGUGGGGGCUAAAAUGUUUUUUUUUUUUUAAAUUUUAUUGUCAAGUAUACAUAUUUAAAUUCCAGAAAAUAUCGUGUUCCUUUAUGCCUACAAAGAGAACACAUUCUGAGAGCAGAAGAAUUUCUUUGAAUUGUAAAUUUUUUUUUGAAUUUUAAGUUAAAAAGUUAUUUUACUCAUCUUUAUUCCAGUGGCAUGCCAGUUUCGUUGCUGCUGGCUCUGCCUCCACCUAAAUUUGGUGUCGCCAGAGAGCCAGCUUUCGGUUCCAUUCGCAUGAACCAGGGGCACCAGGGGCAAGCUACUAAUGGUGGUUGGGGAGAUUUAACUCCUGAACAGAGUCUUUGUAUAUGGCCCAUAGUCAGUGGGCAGGCUGCCAGCUUCUACAAUCCUCCAUGAAUUUGUGUCAAAUGUCCAAGGAGCUGGACACAGGAUUUAUGUCUUAUUUUGGGGCAUUAUAGUAGUUUGACUGUUCAAAUUACCCUACCAACGCCUACCAUUUGUGAAAGUAUACUCUCCAAGGUAUCUCCUAUGGCUAAUAUUGUACCUUAUCAUGCUGCAAUUAUUUCAUGAGUUUGUGUGUAAGAGUGUGGUAUAAAAAAAGUAUUUGCAUUUUUUUACAUACACAUUACAUGUUUGCUGGGCAUUUUGCAAAUGUGGUAUAGGCCAGUAUGACCAAAAUACUUCUCAAUUAAACAAUGUCCCCAUUGUGUGCAUUGGACACUGUCUUGUGAUGGAUUUGCCACUGUAUUGUGCUCAGAUAUAUCUUCUGAGUACAAAUUGACCACUUUCACAUACCUUUGUCAAUUUUUGUGAAAAUACAGAACUGAAUUUAUAACCUGUCCGUUGCAAUUUAAAAAAAAAAAAAGGCAAAUUAAAGAGGUCAAAAUGGGGUAUUUUGGGGUACCGUAUAUACUCUAGUAUAAGUCGACCCGAAUAUAAGUCGAGACCCCUAAUUUUACCCCCAAAAACGGGGAAAACUUAUUGACUCGAGUAUAAGACUAGGGUGGGAAAUGCAGUAGCUACUGGUAAAUUUCUAAAUAAAAUUAGAUCCCCCCAAAAUUAUAGUAAUUGAAUAUUUAUUUACAGUGUGUGUAUAUAAUGAAUGCAGUUUGUGUAUGAAUACUGUGUGUGUGUGUAUGAAUGCAGUGUGUGUGUGUGUAUGUGAUGCAGAGCCUUGUUAGGGGGGUAGGCAUUUUUAUUAUUUUUUUUUAUUAUUAUUAUUAUUAUUUUUUUAUUAUAUUAUUAAAUUUUUUAUAUUUUUUUUUCGUCCCCCCCUCCCUGCAUUUUAGCUGGCGGCUCUCAUUCCCUGGUGGUCCAGUGGAUGGGCUGUGCAGGAGGGGGGCUGACAGAGAGCUGUUACCUUUCCUGCAGCUCCUGUCAGCUCCCUUCUCUCUCCUCCGUUCCGGUCAGCUCCCUUCUCCUCCACUGUAAGUCUUGCGUUCCCCGCGGCUCUCGCGAGAUUUACUGUGGAGCUGACAGGUGAGCUGACCGGAACGGAGGAGAGAGAAGGGAGCUGACAGGAGCUGCAGGAAAGGUAAAUAACCGCUCUCUGCCAGCCCCCAGCAGGACCGCCGGGCUUGUAAUGAGCCUGGCGGUCCUGGUCUGUAUUAUGGCAAUGUAAAUUGCCAUAAUACAGACAUUAACUUUAGUAUAAGUCAAGUGGGGUUUUUUAAGCAUAAAAAAAUGUGCUGAAAAACUCGACUUAUACUCGAGUAUAUACGGUACUUUAGUACAUCCCAUAUUUAAAUUACUCUGUAAAUGCAUGCCAUUUGCAAAUGUAGACACAAUGGGGACUCUCACAUUUUAUAUUUUAAUAUUUAUUGAUGUACCAUUUUUAUCAUAGUUUAUGGUAUUAAUUUUUAAUUUUUACAUGCACUUUGUAAAAAAAGCUGUAUGAGUUUAAUCACUGCGUACUGAUCAUUGAUCAAUCGGGGGCCACUAAUUGUGGCCCCAGCUACAGGUGGACGCUCCAGGUACCUAUUGGUACCUGGGUCUUCCCAGUGUGAGGAAGGGCACAGCAUUGUAGCAAAUAGGGAUUUUAAGAGCUCAAUGCCGCACUUACUUUGAACACUGCAUGAGAAUUGGAUAGUUUACAUCCUUAUUUAACCCCUUAAGGACUGAGGCAGUUGUACAAGUUCUGAUCAAAACAAAACGUAAACAAAAUCUGCAAUUUGCUCUAUAUAUCUAUUUAACCGUAAUUCACCUCUUUCAUAUUAAAUGCACCCACACUUAUUAUAUAUCAUUUUGUUCAGGUGAAACAGGGCUUUCACAUCAAAUAUUUAUAUAAGAAACAUAAUUUAAUAUGAAUAAAAAUAUAAAACAAAAUUGAGAUAUUGAGAAUUUAUUUUUUAUUUUUUUUAGUUCUGUAUGGCAUUUUAACUGCGAAUGUCAUACUUUUAGCUGUUGCUGCAAUAAAGUACACAUUUGUAUUCAGCGAUGUCUCACUAGUAAAACAGUACCCCCUACAUACAGGUUUUAUGGUGUUUUGAAAAGUUACAGUGUCAAGUUUAGCACAUUACAUUUUUCAGUUUAUACACACUGAAAUUUGACAGACUGGAUAUGUUGCCUUUGAGACCUUAUGGUAGCCGAGGAAUGAGAAUUACCCACAUUGAUGGCAUACCAUUUGCAAAAGUAGACAACCCAAGGUAUUACAAAUACCUCAUGUGCUGUGUCCGCCCCUGAUAUUCCUCCUUGUCAGUCUCAGCCAAUCAUAUGGGAAAGCAUUGUGAUUGGCUCACAGUAUCACUUCUGAUGAUUUCAACUGUAAGCAGGCAGGUCAGAGGCAGCAGCUGCAGACUUUACUACAAGUAAGAUUUUACUCUUAUUUAGGUAGGCCAGGGGGUCUAGUUGGUGAUUUUAACACUAUAGGGUGUAGGAAUACAUGUUUGUGUUCCUGACCCUAUACUGUUCAUUUUAUCUUUUACUUUGCAAAAAGUUUAAUAAUAUUGUGUGUUUUGCUUCAAGCAUCUUAAAUUAUUUUGUCACAAAACAAAAUGUAUUUUAAAAUGUUUAAACAGCAUUUAGAAAAAAAUGACAUUUUUAUGUUUCACUUUGUAAGUUUUAAAAUUAGUUUACACUUUUCAGCCAUAAGGAGUUUAGCCAUAAGGUUUUUUUUAUAAUGUAUCUACCGAUUCAAUGUUUUACUUUAAUAACCAUCCACCAAAGCAUAUUGCUUGAUGUUGCUGCUGUAGACUGUUUGUCAUGCUGAGCCAAAAUUGAUAACUAAACCAUUUCACAGGAGAGUAGCCUUUAUAAGCACAUUGCUUUUCUAUUGAAAUUUAAGUUAAAUUAUGCCACACAGCUGGUUUUCUUGCCAUUAUCUCUAAAUAUACUGUAGCAAUGAGUUCUUUCUUUCUGUUUUAUGUCUUUGUAAAAUAAUUAGUUGCAGCUAUUUAAGUAGUGUUAAAAUAAAUGGCAUGAAUAGCUUCCGUUUAUAUUUAAUUUGUUUGGUAUGACUGAUGCCCCUUAAUGGACCUGUUGCCUAAAAUAUUCUUAACAUAAACCUGUUGAAAGCAACAUUCACAAUUACGUAACCCGUGUAAUACACCAGCAUUUUGUAUUAUAUUUAACCAUAUACCCUCAUCAACCCUUAAGUGCUGGGCUGUACACAGACCGCAGAGCAAUCAAUUUUGCACAGAAAAAUGUUCCCCUUUCUGCCUCUGCACUACUUAAGAGCCUGCAAAUAUGAUUGUACGCAGAGCUCCUUACCAGCAGCACUAUACUACUCUUGGCCAAUGUUAAAGGAUCAUUUGUACAGGGAAUUUACUUUUUUUGUGUUUUGGGGAUAAUGCAUUAAAUUUUUUUUAGCAAAAAUGAAAAAAAUACAAGUUACCUUUUAAUGUCACUUGUUUUCUUAACAAUCAUGCUCCACAAUUUUUCGUAACUGAGGAGCAAUACAGAUAUCCCAUAACCUCCUUAUCAGCAGAGGUUUAUUUGGUUUUGUAGUUCAGCAUUUGUGUUAUAAAAUGACCCAAACCUACCGCAUCUGAAAGAGCGGUCACAUGGGUGCAAUAUGCGUCCAUAGUUCUGCCUGCAUGAACUGACAGGCAGUCCCCCUGCUGGUGAAAGAAGUUAAAAAAGGUUUUAAAAUAAAAAAAAGUUAAUAAAUUAAAAUAUAUAUGAUUUAUGUGUAUUAUAUAUCUUAUUAUAUAUGUUAAAACUAUUUUAAUAAUAUUAAUAUAAAAAUACACUUAGAAUAAAAUUACACGUGUGUGUGUGUGUGUGUGUGUGUAUAUAUAUAUAUAUAUACACACAUAUUAUAGAAUAAAAAUUAAUUAAAAAUAAAAUGUAAACAAUAAAAUAUUAUAUAUAUGUGUAAUUUUGUUCUAACUGUAUUUUGAUAUUUAUAUCAAAAUACACUUAGAAUGAAAUUGUGUAUAUAUAAAUAAAUAAAAAUAAUAAGAAAUAUACAUGUCCAUAUACAUCAUAAUUACAUAAAUAAUUUCAUAAAUAUACACGUAGACUUCAAAUAUAUAAAUAUGUGUAUAUAUAUUUAAAUUCUACAUGCAUAUUUAUGUAAUAUUAUUGCAUAAUGAAGUAAUUUUAUUGAUUGCAAUUUGGGGGACCUGCCUGACAACCCAGGCUGACAGUCUAGAGAAUUUAAUUUGCUAGCACUAUAUUGACCCCUGUAACUUUCCAAGACACCCUAAAACCUGCACAUGGGGGUACUGUUUUACUCGAUAGACUUCGCUGAACAUAAAUAUUAGUGUUUCAAAACAGUAAAACAUAUCACAGCGAUGAUAUUGUCAGUGAAAGUGAAGUUUUUUUCAUUUAUCACAUACAAACUGCACUUUCCCUGAUGAUAUCAUUGUUGUGAUAUGUUUUACUGUUUUGAAACACUAAUAUUUGUUUAAGUAUAACAGUACCCCCCAUGUACAGGUUUUAUAGUGUUUUUGAAAGUUACAGGAUCAAAUAUCAGGCUUGAUUUUCUGUUUUUUUUCACAUUGAAAUUUGCCAGAUUGGUUACGUUGCCUUUGAGACCUUAUGGUAUCCCAGGAAUUAGAAUUACAUACAUAAUGGCAUACCAUUUGCAAGAGAAGACAACCCAAAGUAUUGCAAAUGGGGGUGUGUUCAGUCUUUUUUAGUAGCCACUUAGUCACAAACACUGGCCAAAGUUAGCACUCAUAAUAGUUUUUUGCAUUUUUAACACACAAACAAAUGUAAAUGCUAACUUUUGCCAGUGUUUGUGACUAAGUGGCUACUAAAAAAGACUGGACAUACCCCAUAUUAAAUACCCUGGGUUGUCUACUUUAAAAAAAAUAUGUACAUGUGGGGUGUUUUUCAGAGAUUUAUGACAGAUAACAGCGUUACAAUGUCACUAUUGAUAAAUGUAAAAAAUCUAUAUUUUAAAAACAGCAAUGUCCUACUUGUACUUAUAGCCCUAUAACUUGCAAAAAAAAAAACAGCUAAGAACAUGUUAACAUUGGGUAUUUCUAAACUCAGGACAAAAUUUAGAAACUAUUUAGCAUGGGUGUUUUUUCGCGGUUGUAGAUGUGUAACAGAUUUGGGGGGUCAAAUUUAAAAAAAGUGUGGCUUUUUUUAAUGAUUUUAUAAUUUUUUUUAUAGGAAAUUAUAUGAUGAAAAUAAUGGUAUCUUUAGAAAGACCAUUUAAUGGCGAGAAAAACAGUAUAUAAUAUAUGUGGGUACAGUAAAUGAGCAAGAGGAAAAUUACAGCUAAACACAAACACCACAGAUAUGUAAAAACAGCCCUGGUCCUCAACGGUAAGAAAAUUGAAAAACGAUCUGGUCACAAAGGGGUUAAAGACAAGCAGCAUUGUAGGAUUCUAUUCAUGUGGGGUGGAUGGUCUAUAGAUAAGUAUAUCUUCAAACAAUUCUGACAAAACAAUGCAUUGGUAAAAUCUUUACCACAUUUUGUAGGUAACAAGUUCUUUCUAAAACACUGUGUGAUGCAAAGAAUACUGUUAACAGAGAUUUGUGAUGAAACUGAGAUUUGUAAGGAAAAUGUGCAUUUGUUAUCCUACCAAACAUCAGCCUGUUAUUUUCCUAUGCUUUCUGAUUUUCUGAAAUUUAAAAUGAAAUACGACAUUUGAAGCUAGAGUUUGUUUAAAAAAAAAAAAAAAAAUCUUCAGACUAAGUUAAACAUUAUUUAUGUGAGCAACACAAGGUCGCUGUGAAGCCCGCAUGACUUCUGAUAUACAGGCAGAGAUGGAGAUCAAAAUAUUGCAUAGCCAUGGUGUAAAUUAAUUUGAAGGCUGCACACCCCAUGUGCACUGUUCAGACAUUUUAAUGAGAUCUAAAUAUAAAUUAUUUGACAUGAGCAAUACAGGUUUUUGGGAAUAAACCUGUCUCUUCAAGUUUACAGCUUUGGGUAUUUUAUCUCUCAAGAUUUGCUACUUUUUAAUUGCAAGAAAAUAUAGAUAGUAUUUAAGUUUUAGGUAACAUAUUCAUAACUGUUUUGCUGAAUGUAAUGUGCUGUCCUACUGAAGCCAUAACAGGCUUGAUUUGAUAUGAAAAUGCCAUGUAGAGAAUCAUUAAGAUGUUAUUGCUUUGCUGGGCUCUCAAUUUUAGAAGUACGUGCAUAUGCAUAAAUAUUUAUGCAAUGUAAGCUUUGAAAAAUCCCUUCUGCUAAUAGUUCUAAGCUUACAGAAGUGUAAAUUAAUUUUAUGUAUAUAUUCAAUGGAUCAUCAGAUUUUACAUUUAUAGUAAAUGUCUUCAGUUGCUGGCUAUUCAAAAUGGCAUUUAAUAAAUGUCGAUGAGAUAGAUUGGGACUUGUACUCAUAGACUAAAUUUAAUAAAUUUAGCAGGAAUAAGAAACGAUAAAUUAAAAAUAAAUCACGUUAUUAAUAAACAUUGCUGUUAACCUGUAAUAGCCUGUUGCAACAUUGUUAUCCUUUAUUUAUUUGAGUAGCAUAUUCAACUGACAAAGUGGCUAUAAUGGUGCAAUGCACUCUCCACUCUUGUUGCAUUUAGAGGUUAUUAAAAAAAGUCAUGAUCUACAGGCGCAGAGUGCAAUAAUACAUUUGUCCCAGAAUCACUGAGGACACACUGCAUAUGAGCUGUCAUUGCUGCAGUCCACCAGACGAAUGCUAGUCUUUGAGAUUCAUUGAAUACAAAAGAAAUGGAUACACACAACAUUGGCAUACUUUGCAUGUAGAUGCCAGAUGUCAGAGAGUAUUCUUCUCUAGCGUCUCAAAUUAGCCAUUCUCGCAAUCCAGGAGACGCACUGAAAGACAGUUGACGCCUUUUGUUUUAAUUUUGGGAGAUACCCAGUGAGGGACCUAUCCGCUUUGAAUGAUAAGAAACAGAGGGGUGGGGAGAUAUUUUUUUCAAAAGAGAUUAAAUACAAAUGCAUCUUUAAGUUAUGUGACAGAUCUGGGAGAUUUGUGUUUGUAGUUUGCAGAGUGAACGAUAACUUAUUUUCCAUUCUGAAUCUAUACGACCCUAAUAAGAAUAAAAUUAAAGGAACACUAUAGGGUCAGAAACACAAACAUGUAUUCCUGACCCUAUAGUGUUAAAACCACAAUCUAGCCCCCCUGCACCCCUCAUGCCUCCAUAGAUAUAGCAAAAUCUUACUUGUAUUUAAGCCUGAAGCUGUAGCUCUCCAUACUGUUUGCCUCAGAAAAACAAGCUGUCUGCUGACAUCAUCAGAAGUGGUGGCCUGAUCCAAUCACAUUGCUUCCCCAUAGGAUUGGCUGAGACUAACAAAGAGGCAGAUCAGGGACAGAGCCAGUACAAUUCAAACACAGCCCUGGUCAAUCAGCAUCUUCUCAUAGAGAUGAAUUGAAUCAAUGAAUCUCUAUGAGGAAAGUUCAGUGUCUGCAUGCAGAGGAAGGAGACACUGAAUGUUUGGAUGCAUUUUAGGCAGCCAUGACCCAGGAAGGAUCUCUAACAGCCAUCUAAGGAGUGGCCAGUGAAGUUAUCACUAGGCUGUAAUGUAAACACUGCAUUUUCUCUGAAAAAACAGUGUUUACAGCAAAAAGCCUGAAGGUAAUGAUUCUACUCACCAGAACAAAUUCAAUAGGCUGUAGUUGUUCUGGUGACCAUAGUGUCCCUUUAAUUUUGUAAAUGGGGUUUAAACCAGAUCCAGAAUUUGAUUCAGGGAAAUUUAUAUUAUUAGAAGAUUUUAAUUGUGUGGUAGAUCCCGCUCUGGAUAGAAAUGUGUCAGGAGGGGGCUGUGGCCCAACACGCAGAAUCAAGUCAACUAGAAAAACAUAUUACCGUAGAAAAACGUAGUAACGUAGAAAGAUUAGUCAGAAACAAGCCAAAGUCAGGGACACAGACAGGAGCAUAAUCGAGAAGACCAAGCCAAAGGGUCAGGGAUACCAGAAAUACGGAUAGUCAGAAUAAGCCAAGGUUAAAUACUAAUAAUAAUUAUAAUAAUACCAAACGCGCUCUCAGAUAACCAAAGAAGUGGAAACCACAAAAGGGCAAAGAAGAAAUAAAGAAAUGGGCUUAUAUAGCCCUUCCCUAUCAUUCAUUGGUGGACAGGGGUCAUCUGACUCCAGAACGUGCGUGUGCGCUCUUUGUGUGGCCGCACACGCACGUCUGCGUGACCUCUAACCCUGCUGGAGGCAGGGCUAUAUCUUAUGCUGCUUUUAUAUCGGCUGGCGUCCAUAGGAAUACCGUGUUUGCUGGUGAUGGACGCGGCGGCGGAUCUGGCCGUGAUCCACCGCAACUUAGGUAAGUUUAGUCUUUUGUUUAAGUGACCGCACCAAUCGGGUGCGGCCACGUGGUUUUGCGGGCCGGGGCCCGUGACAACGUGGCUCUAUAGACAGGCUUAAAAAUCCCGCAGUUAAAGAGCUGGUUCGAGUGUUCCAGUGUACUUUAGGGAAAUAUAAAUAGAAGGCUCUCAACUUGUCCCUGUUGGGCAGAAUGAAUCUUGCUAAAGCCUAUAUACUACUAAGAUGGCUUUAUUGUCUUAGAAUGAUACCUAUCCCGAUACCUAAAGCCUGGUGUAAACCAUUCCAAAUGAUUUCGGGCAUAUUUAUUUGGAAUAAUAAAAACCCCCGUAUAGAGAAAGAGGCAUUACAUAGACAUAAGGAACGAGGAGGUGUAGGUUUUCCACGCAUGGCUGGUUAUGCCUAGGCUAGUAUGCUUGCUCAUGUGUAUACAAUCCAGUGCCCUUUGUCCAAAUUGGAGAACUAGUAUUGGCUUGAACAAGAGCUAUUGGUAGUGAACAAUCUGGCGAGUCUUCUAUUGAUCAUGAAGAAGUAAGGAACCAGAUCAGGGUUUCGCUGAGUUGUAUACCUGGGAAGUUAUUGAAAAUCUGGAUUAUAGUUAAAAACAAAAAUCAGAUGAAAAAUAGUAUAAUUAAGGCGGCCCCCUUUUCUAUAUUUGAGAACUUGAUCAGGGAUAUGAAUAUCUCAUCAUGGCCAAACAAAGAUAAAAUAAAAGCUAUAGACCUUGGGGGAUAGAUUUAACAUUGGUCAAUUAAUAUCCCAAUAAAUCAAUAUCUAAAUGUAUAUAGAAUCCAAUAUUAUAUUGGGAGUCAUCAGAUCAAAGCGGGCAAGGAGGAAUUAAUAUUGCAAAUUGAGAAGUUGUUUAGUGAUGAAUUUCAACUGGGUAUUCUAAAAAGAUGGUACUAAAUAUUGGAGAGACUGGUCCCAGAGAGUUUCCCCAUGGCAUGGGCCAGUUGGUCAAAGGAUGCAGGGAUAGAAUGUGAAAUUAUGGGAUGAAAAUUGGAGCGUCACAAAAAGAGCCACACAUCGUGUAAACAUUCAGGAGCUCCAAUUUAAGAUACUGUUCAGAUGGCAUGUUGUCCAACAAAUGAUUAAUAAGUUUGACCCACUAAUGCCAAAUGUAUGGUCACGAAGUGGGGAGGGGGCAGGUAGCUGCAUACACAUAUGGUGGGAGUGCAAAUUCAUCCAGAAUACUAGCAUGAGAUUUUUGAGGUGAUUUCUCGUCUGGUUAACAUUUUAGAAUUGUUGUUAGCCCUCAUCUGAAAUUAGUACUACAACAUUGUGGCCUAAAGACUGUGUCAGCAGCAAAGAGGAGUUUAGUUAUACAUAUCCUUUUGGCUAUAAAGCAAUUAUUGCUUGUAACUGGAAAAGUCAGAGUCACAUAUGUUGGGGAGAAGUCAGAAACCAGAUUAAACAAUUUGCUUUGAUGGAAAAAGGUUAUUAUAUCGCACAGGCAAAUUGUAGGGAUGCAAUAAGAUCUGGGAACUUUGGUGUGUUAAAUUCCCAGAAGAGCAUAUAGAUAGGACAUCGUUUGAUAUUUAAAAUGGUACACCAUAAAAUAUAGUGUGGGUAUCCAGGAGCUAAAAAUUAGAUAAAUUAAUGUAGAAUCAAAUUCAAAUAGUAAAUAGUGAAUGAGUGUAAUAUUCAGAAUAGUAUGUGUGUAACUCUUAAUAAAAUGUCCAUAAUUUGAAUGAAAUGAAAACGUCCACAGUAGAAUAUAAAACCAAAAUUGCAAAAUAUAGAAUAAGUCCCGAGUAAUCUAUGAGUCCUGGAUGGAAUGUUUAUAUCAUACAUAGCCUUAACCCUGCUUGUGAAAACAACACAGGGCUGAUAUGUAUGCAUAUAAAAGAUAUUCAAAGUCUAUGACCGGGCAUAUUAGUACAAGGAACUAAUUGCCCAAAUGAAAUCUGUAGUAAUGCCACAGUGCAAAAUAAAAAGUGACUUAACUUGUAAAAAACAGAUCAAUUUAUUGGUUAAAAAUUAUAAUAGUUUUACUAAAUGUAAAAAAAUAAUGAUCAAAAUCAGAGGAUAACAUAUAGGCCAAAUUGUAGGAAAUGAAACUAAUACGUAAACCAGACCCUGAUGGAUGAGGAUUGUAGUAGUUGGUAUUCCCUCUGUAUCCUGGCAGAACGGAAUACAGGAUACAGAGGGAAUACACACUACUACAAUACUCAUCCAUCAGAGUCUGGACUAUAGCCAUUCUCUAUUAAAACACCAUUUAACUUCUCUGUCUUUGAGUUAAAGGAAAUACCAUACAUCGCGAAAGAACACCUAUACACUCUGAAUCCGUACAGUGGGCAGAUUUUAUUGGAGUGACUUUUCAGCUCUACUAUCAUUCUUGAUAAAGGCUUUUGAUUCGAUAAAGUCUUGUCACUAUACUGAUUCAGAGUGCACAGGAGUGUGAAAUAUGUUUAAAGAGACACUCCAGACACCAAAACAACUUUAUCAAAAUUAAGUUGUUAUGGUGCCAGGAGGUCCCUGGAGGCAAUUCUUACCUCAAAGAGUUAACCAUUUUUGCCUCUAGCGGCGAUGUCCACUCCUCCCCAAGCCACAUCCGGCUUCUGAAUUUUCAAAUUCAGGAAGCGCCGAAGUGCCACCUUGAACGAACCGUUCAAGAAUGGUUUAACCCCUUGAGGUAAGUGUGCCUCCAGGAGGCUCCUGGCACUAUAACAUCUUAAUUUAGAUGAAGUUGUCUUGGUGCCUGUAGUGUCUUUUUAAACAUAUUUCACACAUUCACUCCUGUGCACUCUGUAUCCGACUAGUGAGAAGAUUUUAUUGAAAUUAACGUUUUGGCUCUACUAUAAAGCCUUUAUCAAGAAUGGUAGUAGAGCUGAAAGUCACUCCAAUAAAGUCUGCUCACUGUACUGAUUCAAAGCGAGUUUGUUUGUGAUAUAUGGUAUCUGGGAUUUGACCGCCUUACCUGGCCACACCUGAAUACUCUCCAGGUUAAGCAUGCACAAUCUCCUCUGGAAUAAAAUUAUAAUUGGAGUAUUGAAUAUAGUUUGGAUCUAAAUAUAACUUACAUUUUUUGAUUUUUCUUUUUUGUUAAUUUUUCACUUGUGUUUUUUGCAGGCCAACUACACAGACCCUCAGACCAAGUUAAGAUUUAGCACAAUUGAGGAAUUCAAUUACAUCAGGAUGCUUCCCACAGAUGUGAUCACUGGAUAUCUGACUCUGAGGAAAGCUACAAGCAUAGUAACGUAGAAUGCUGAAGGGUUGCAGAUAUUCAAAGAUCCUUAAUGCCAUUCCUAACUGCUGUUAAACAUUAAGUGGAUCCUAAGUUUUUUUUGCAUAUGUAAAUGUAUCCAGCGGUGUAUGUGUUUUAUUUUUUUCCUCUUCACAUGUUUCUAUACAUGCUAUUCUGUCUUUAUCUGUAAAUAAUUAUUCAUUGAAUAUUAAUUGCUAGGUUUAGUUUGAAAUAAAUAUACAUAUAUACUUAAAUAGACCUGUUUUAGUUAUUGUUUAUUGCUAUUUAUUAAUAGCCAAUGCAUUGCUAUUAUAAAC